CGGUGUCGCACUUCCGGGUAUGACCUCGCAUUAAAAAAUAGAGAAAAGAUCCCUGACUGACAUACAAGUCCCAUCGUUAAUCGGUGGAUGUGUUUUUAAGGGUGUACAACACGCAGUGUUCAAAUACACCGUUUGAUUUUGACAAGCUCAUUUUUUUUUGCGGUUGGUGACAUGCUUUGGAAUGACUGUUGUUCUCAAUGCUAAAAACAAAAGGUGCUAACGGCUAGUGCUAGCUCGUUGGCGUUGAGAGUAUCCAUGCGCGAAUGUCUAUGACGCACUGAGGCCUCCGCGUUUCAAGACUAUACAUAAAAAAUGGAAAAAAUCUCGUGUUUGUUUCUACUUAUGUCCGCCCUUUACCGACCCACUGCGGCGUGUGCUGCCAAUGCGGCAGGGAAGACAACCAGCACCGACACGCUGAUUCUGUGCCGUGCGUGCGGACACGAGCUGGCCUCCGGCGCGGACACCAUCCCCACCGUGCACAGCCGCAUGGCGCUGGCCGGCCGUAAUGACACGUUGCCGGGCGGCCGGAGGGUGCACGUUCAGAUGUUUGAGAACCCACAAGGUCUUCAAUUCGAGGUGGUCACCUUCCGCAGAGCGGACGUGGACAAACGGUGGCCGGCGGAGAAGCACUUCUCUUGGUUCCCGGGAUUUUCGUGGACCGUGGCAACAUGCCCGCGAUGUAGGGCUCACUUAGGUUGGGCCUUCCAGCCAAGCUCAUGGCCCACCACCAUCUCAUCGUCGCUGUUCGAGUCUUCGGAGCAGACCUUCCUGGCUCUGAUUGUCGACCGCCUGCUGAGAGAAGAUUUUGCCUCCAGCCUGCUCAUCACCCCCAAAUCCUUCAUCAGCUGACCUAUUGUGCCAGAACACUCCCACACACGUGUAUAUACACAUUAACAUUUUAUUAUUGAAACAAAAGUUUACACCUCAUGCAAUUUCUUUCCCUACCGCCUAGCGGAAAAAGGAAGCUGGGAUGUUCAAUAGAUCCAUGAAGUGAGCAUUUGGGGGGGCGGGGGGCAAAAUUUACAAGCUUUUUUUCCCAUUUUGUUCUUUAUUAAAAAUGUCAUUUCAAAUUCCAUGGAUAUCUGUAAAACAAUACAAUGAAAAAAAAAGUCCCAUAGAAAUGGUGUCAAAAUAACCACUCUUGCACCACCCAGUCCACUUGACCCCCCCUCCCUCCCCUACUAGUAUCCAACAUGCCUCCCCCCUCUUAACAUGACAGGAAUGAGCUGCUGAGGGGAAGAAAAAAAAAACUUUCAAAAAAUAAACAAGAUUGAUGAGGUCUGCUAGUCCUAAGGUGACUACACCAAGGCUUCUCACCACACCUGGAAACAGGAGCAUGUCUGUGGGAAGUGUCUUCAAAUUCUACAAGAUUCUAUUUUUAUUUAACUUUUUAUUUUUAUGUAUCUUCAACAAGAGAUGAAUCCCGGGGGUUGUGUACGACGUACGUAUACUCACAACUGUGGAGAAAAAAAGUGCCGUCGGCCUUUUCUUAAGAGAGAAACGGAACCCGCGGGUGAAGGAGAAGGCUUCAGAAUGUCAAAAAUGAAGCACACGCAUGGACUUAAUAAAACAACGACAAAAACAAAAACGGAACAGCAAAAAUAAACCUUUGCUCCCGAACAUGAGUUGAUAAAGCAAAUGGGGAAUAGAAACAGUGAGGAUGAGGAGGGCACAGCCCGGCGGGCUUCUCAGUCGUCUUCUCCCUCGUCAUCCUGGGUGUGAAAAUCCAAUUAGUCAACGACAACGUGCCAACUUAAAAAAUUCAUACCUCUCCGUCUUCUCCAUCAUCAUCCUCAUCAUCUUCUCCAUCCUCAUCACCCUCCUCGUCGAUGUCCUCCAGGCCUUCCUCGUCUUCAUCCUCCUCUUCGUUUUCACCUUCCUCAUCAUCCAUGUCAGGGACCUACCGACGACACCGUUUUAACACAGGGGUACUUAACCUGGGUUCAAGUGAUCCCAGAGGUUUAGCGACUGUUAAGGUCUUUCAUAUCUUCAUACGCUAAAUAAAUCUAGGCAAAGGGAUGUUUUAGACUGGUUUGCCUACAAUUUCCAGGUUUGAUUCCAUCUCUUUCGACUGCUAGUCCUCUAUCUGAUGGGAGGAGUUGAUAUGAGGUCGUAAUAUGAGGAAGUGCAGCAGACCUAUGUUUAGCACACUCAAAUUUUGAAUCGCUUAAAAACAUUAAAAAAAGAAGAGAUUUGAACAGGAAUUAACCUCGAUAUUAACUUGCUAGGUUAGAUAUAUCAGGAGUUAGAUAACUUAUUCAAUUCCGAAGCAUUCAGUUAAUGCAAAUGGGUUUAGUACCUUUAGGUUAAGAACCAUUGGUUUAACACCAACAUCUCAUUUUUGGCAACAAUUUUUAAAUUCAAGUUACCAGGUAGUACUGCAGCGGGUUGGGCCAUAUGUCGUCCUUGAUGACUUCGCCCAGCUCAUCGGCGCCAGCGUCGGCAUGGUCUGUGAACCAAGUGAAGAAGCUCUCAGGCUCUUCGUGUUGCCUCUUGCGGCCUGCUUUGUUCUGCGUCUGGCUGGAGCGCUUGGUCAAGUCCUUGGAAUGAAAGCAAACCAUGAAAAUGAGAAUCACAGGCCAGCAAAUCUUAAAAAUCAAUUACAAAUAUUUUUUGCUCCUCUUUACAACUCUUUACCUUUCCUGAUUUCCAUUUGAUUUCUGUCGACUUUGAAGACGGGUCGCCGCUCUCGUUCAGGUGGAAUUCUUUGGAAAGGACUUUGUUUUCAAAGUACGGGUUGUCAUCAAAAUACUAAGAGAAAAGAGCCCGACGUUAAGGGCGCCUCCGCUUCGUGCACACACGUACGAUGGAAAGUACUUACAAAAUCUAUUCUGUAACCUGACUUUAUGUCUUCGAACUCUGUCACCUCCACUCGGCUCAGGUAGUGAAGCGCCUCCUCAUCCUCCUCCCCCAGUAGAGCAGAUACUACAGAAAACAGAAAAGCAGCGUUAAAAAACACGAAACAGCAUUUUGAUCAAGUGACUCUGUGGGUCCGGACCUUGUGGAUGGUUGACAAAUGUGGUGACCCAAAAGUUGGGGAUUUUGGCGAUCAGUUCCGAUCUCUUCUGAAAGAACGGCUGGCGGAGUUUGUUGUAUUUCUGUUCUACUUUCAGGAUCUCCUCGCUGGCCUGCUCGUUCAACCUGCUCAAAAAUUAAUUUCCGUUGUCAGAAAAGCAUGCUCAGCACAAGAAAAAUGUGUACAUUCAUCCAAGUUUUAAAAGGUUUUCAUUUUUCCCGUAAUUAUUCAACUUAUUUUGUUUCAAAUCUCAACAAAACUUAUUAGUAAUUUCCCGAUCUUCAUAAGACUGGUUCUUCAAUUAACGGAUACUAUAUUUAAGUCAGAAUUGCUCGUCACAUCUCAUCCACGAGGCCAUAAAGUAAAGCACACCAUUGAAGUAGUAUACAGGAUAAAUCAUCAGUUGUGACCAGAGUCACGUUUAUAGCUUUCACUUUUUAUUGAAUGGUUCAACGAUUAGACAUGUACUUACAACAGUAGUUUUUACAUGUUAAAUUCUAGCUUUGCUCUUUCAAUUGGUGUCAAAUAAGCCGAAAUCUACAGUUUUAUCACAUAUUUAAAGCAUUAUUCAGUGGAACAUUUGAUCUUAAAAAAUAUAUAUCUGAAGAC